UCAGUUUAUCAACGAUUUUCAUUAAAAACAUUUAAUUUCUAAUCCUUUACCAAAACUAUGAAAAUGAUCGUGACUCUCUUCGUUGUCUUUGCUUUUGCUUCUUCAGCUUUUGGUUUCACUUGUCCAGUUCCUGAAACUACUCCUGGUGCCGAUAUUGGCAAAAUUGCGGGUCAAUGGUAUGUAAUUCGUGGAAUAAUAAUAUCUUCAACCACAAAUUCAACAAUGACUUUCACUCCUCGAGAAGAUGUUGACUUUGAAAUUAAAUGGCCUGGUUCUACAUCUACUGGCGAAAAGUAUGUCGCGUAUGGUAGACGUACUGAUAAUCAAAAUUUACUCAACAUCUAUUUUAAUGUGUCUAAAGAUGCUCCAAUUAUCCUUUCCUUCAAUGUAGUCGCUACUGAUUAUGAUAACUAUCUGGCUGCUUAUGUGUGUUGGCUUGGGGAGAAUGAAUUUCUCUUCGAUAAAUUAAUUUUAUCCAGGAGUAACACCUUGAAUGCUGACAAGGUUGCCGAGUUGGACGCUUUGUUGACUGAUAAAGUUGGCAACUUUUUGGACCAAUUAUUCAAAAAGACUAAAUAUUAUUAAGUUUUUUCAGUGAUUACAUUAACUUGGAUAAAUUGAAUUUUCCUUGUAAUGUUUGAUAAAUCUAAAAAACUAAAUUAAAAUAAAUAAAGAAAUUUUUCAUUGCAUA